AUGGCGACGGACUUGCCAACCGUUCGCCUCGGCACUGCUCGCCACGUCGAAGGCUGUGGCAGCACAAAGGAGGAGGAUGCAGAGUGCCUGGCCAAGGCAUGCCUGGUGCGCGUCUACGCCAAAGCUCGCGAGAACGUGGCAGGCGAAGCUGGGCGCGAAGCAUCCCACGUGCCGAGGGCGACGCCAUCACAGGGCGGAGCCAGGCCACAGAAAGUGCGUGGAAGGCUGGCCAUGGAUGAGUGGGUGGAAGCCCAAAACGCGGUCUGGGACUACUUCUUUGGUGAGCCGUCCCAGCCAGCCAUGCCUGUGCAGACGACGCCCUCGCAAGGAGGAGCCAGGUUGGCGGCAGAGGAGCUCAACGCGUGGUUGCGCAGCACGGCCAGCCAGCUCUUCAUCGGCUUCGCCAAGUCCGUCGGAUGUGACAGCAGAUCGUGCCGGAUCGGCUGCAUGUGA